CCCUGUGCCAAAGCUCCGCCGGAAAACCCACCCCCAUUUCGAUGGGCACUCACCUUCAGCGCAUUCGUUGUGUGUGUGCUGGCAUGCCGCACUCGCACACUCUCUCUCUCUCUCUCUACCACUCUCUCUCUCGCGAGGAACUCGCUCUCUUUGGUUCGCCUUUUUUUUUGUGAGUGACACAAAGAGGAGUGUCAGCAGCAUAAAUUUCAUACAAAAUUCCACACACUCGCAACGCGUCGCAGAUACUUUUCGGCAAAGCAGGAAAAAGCCAGUGUAAAUAAUUUGAAUGCAAGGGAAAUCCGAAAUGGAAAGUGGCAAAAACAGUUCCUCUUAGUUAGUUAUUAGCCAAAAAAUGUUGUAAAUAAACGGUGAAGUGCGUUUCGUUUAGCGUUAAAUUAGUGAAAAUUGAAUAAAACAGAAGAAAGAAUAGACGAAAGAAACGUAAAUAAAAGACGAGAAGCGAGAGGUGGAGAGUGACGAGCGGCAGACAGAGCGGGAGAGCCAACGUGUCGAGCAACAAAUUAAUAAUAAAAAAAAAAGAAGAAAAAAUAUAACAACAACAGCAACAACAACAACAACAGAAAAAGAAACACAAAUUGAAAACAACAACAAAAGCAAAGGCAGCGGCAGCGAUUCUGGAUUUCUAGAGGCAGCGGCACAUUCAAAAGAUGGGCUGUGGACAGAGCAAGAUACAUUUGUAUCCCAGGAAAUCGAAGAGUAAAGCGAACGGCAAGAAAGGAGGACAUGCCGACUCAGAUGCCGAAACGGACGAGGACGAAGGCCACAUCGAGGAUGCCGAGAAGGCACAACAGCGCGACCGCGAGAAGCAUGACGAGAGCGAGGAGCUAAGCAAUAAGGACAUCCAAGACAGUGACGAAGACGUAGCCGUCUCCCUGCUGCGUGCCAAGAACUUGUCUCUGCUCCAAAGCCACCAACAGAACUUCUUCCGCAUGCUGGACAAGAAGAUCGAUGAGGGUCCCGACUACGACUCGGCCAGCGAGACGGAGAUCGCUCUGGAGGAGGCCCGACUGAACGCCCUGCGUCAACAUUGGGAGUCCGCCAGCAUAACGGCCUCCAUCUGCUCCUCAGCCAGCCGUUCGUUGCAGACGACGCCCAUACGCCAAGUGCAGGUGCCUCUGAAACAGCCACCCCGUGGCGCUGGCCUGCUGCUACAGCCUUCCAGUGCGGCAGCGGUAACAGCCUCCUCUUCGACGAUAGUCACGCUGCCCACGACGGAGUAUCUACCUCAGCAUGUGCUGGCGGGGCGGCAGCAACAGCAACAGCAGCAGCAACAGGCGGCAGUGCUCUACCAGCAGCAACAACAGCAACUAAUCCUGCUGCCACAGUUGGAUCCUAAUGUUGUCAACACGUCCACGGCGGCAGCAGCGGCACAGCUCGUCCAGCUGCAGCAGCAACAUCAACAGCAGCAGCAGCAGCAGCAACAGCAACUCAAUCAGCAGCAACAGCAACUCUACCAGCAGCAACAGCAAUAUCUGCUAUCCCUACCCGCCGGAGCCAAGCCGCAGAGCGUGAGUCCAAAGCGCCUGAUCUAUGGCAGCACCGCUGUAGCUGGUCCGCCGGGCACUACCGCCUGCCCACCGCCGGCACCACCUCCUUCCGUUCAGUAUAUAGCCGCCGGUUCAAGCGGUGGCUUCCUUAAUGGCGCCGGCGCCAUUUCCGGAAUUGCAGCGGGGCGAGGACCCUUGCAGCUGGCCUACUACGGUGCCGCACCCCCGAGCACUGCCCCUCCGACGGCGACGGCCCUAUCCAAUGCCCCCGAAACGUACGAACCGCCAACCGCUCCACACAGCCAAAUUCAGCAGCAACAGCCACCGCCUCCUCCGCCGGGCGCCUAUUACGGCGAGAUGAUGCACGGUGUACAGGCCGCUCCGGCGGCGGAAUACAAGUUCCCGCCGGCCAUUAGCGUGCAGCGAUUGGCGCCUCAGGUGCAGCGGCAGUUGCGCGAGACGCAGGAACUUAUAAAAGACUCGUGCCCGCAGCUGUAUGCAGCGGGCUAUGGCAGCCCAGGACCACCGAUACGCAAUCCCAGCAGGAACCCAACUAGAACUAGACCCACCCUGGAGACCCAGUUCUCGCAGGAACUCUCGUGAUAUCUAUAUAUGUAAACAGCCAGCAGACGUAGGAUGCACACCCACGUUCAGACAUACACAUAAAUACAGUUCGUUACAAAAAAAAAACUGCAGCCAAAGAUGAAAGCUAAAAUUAAUCCAAAUUAAAAAACAAAAAACAACAACAACAGACAACCCAUGACAAAGAAAAAACCAAGAAAAACCAAAAAAAAAAGAAAGAAAAUCGAAGAAAAUCAAUUAUGAAAUUGUAAAACUGCACUCAAUGUUUCAGACCCUCAGAACCCCCCCAGGCGGGCAGACUCCUCGCCCCCUAUAUGCGUACUACUUACAAAAAAGAUGAACAACAACAACAACAACAACUACUAAAAAAAGACCUAAGCGGAGCAACAAAUAAAGCAUUAAACAAACUACAAGAAAUAUUCAAGAGGCAGCCAAAGAACCGACUAGGCUAGGGCUAUAGGCGAGUGUGUUGGAUGAGAAAAAAGCGCAAGGUACAUAGAUUUAGGAAUCGAGUAUAAAGUUAUAAUGCGAUAUAUACAUAUAGUAUAUAUAUAUAUAUGCAAAUGCCACAAAAACAAGGAUGAGGUUAGAGCCCGAACAAAGCAAACACAAAUCAUACAAAGUAAAAUAAUAUAAAGUGUAACAAACAAAUGACUUCUACAUUCUCACGCAAUUUUGUUAGUCAUAAACAAAAAAAAAAGAAAAGAAAAAACAAUCUCAUGGUGUAAUUUUUUAAACAAAUAUUUUCCGUCAAAUUCUCGAAGUAUGAUAAUGAUGAUAAUGAUGAUGAUGUAACACGUUGAUAGAAUGUUCGUUGGAUAUGCAAUUAAACGGAUGAAGCUGUCUAGUAAUAUUUGUAUAAUUUAGUUCUAUUUAUUAUUAUGAUAAUUUUUGAUGUAUGAUAGUUUUUCUUAUAUGGAUAUAUAUAUAUAUAUAUUUAAAAAUGCAAAAUAAAAGCAAAUCAAUUAAGUUUAAAAA